UGAAACCGCAUAUCAGUCGCGAGUUUUUUUUGAUUAAGUAAAUUUAAACAAAUAGUCGUUCCACAGUCCGGAACAAUUUUAAAUUUAUUACUACUCACCACGUAGUAAGUGGUAUUUAUAAAGCAGGUUAAAAGGCAAAGGUACGUUGCUGAAAAUAGUUAUAAAAUUAUACUUACCUGUAACGUAACCUAAAACACACAGGAAAUACUUACCGCUAAUCGUUGUUCAUCGCUGGUGGACCUGAAAAGAGAAGAAACAGAAGGUUUUCCUGAAAGGUAGAAGGGAUUAGUAGAAGGAUUAGAGAAACACUGAAUAACUUUGUAGCUGCUAAGUAAGCAACUAAAAAGACGGUGUUUGUUUUGACGAUGGGAACAUUCUACAAAGUUAUUCAUCCUGAGUUGGAUGAUUCGUUACCCGUCGGAGGUUGCCGUUUCGGAUACCACUUGGAAGAGGAUUUUUCUCAACGAUUUACUACUGACAGGUUGGAGUGCAGCAUCGAGUACGAAGUCGAAGUGCAGUAAUUAAAGUCAGUACACUAUUUUAUUCUGUCAUCAUCGUCGGUCGCGAGCUGCUAAUUAUAAGGAUAGUUAAUAAACAUAGUUAGUUAGCUGUUAGGGGAAUAGGCCCGCUCUCGAAAUGUCAGACUUUAACGAUAAUUUACCCGGUGAUGCGGCUUCCGUCACCAACGCAAAAUAUUGCAAAAAGUGCGAUCGUACCGACGUGCAAGAAGGUAUGGUGUGUUGCGACGUUUGCGAUUCUUGGGUACACUUCCAGUGCGCGGGUGUGAGUGAAUCUAUCGCUGAACCGGAUAGGAGUUGGAAGUGCAGAGAUUGCAUGGCAAACUGGGAUGCAGCAUCAAAGUCUGCUGUAUCGUUCAAUGAAUCGUCGGUCAGCAAGAGCAGUAGGGUGUCACAGAAACUGCAGCUAAGUUUACAACUUCUCGAGGAGCAACAGAAAUUAAAGAAGAAGCGUAUGGAAGAAGAGCGACGCAUACGCAGGCUGGAAGAAGAAAUGAGAAUGAAACAGAUUGACGACGAACAAGAAUACUUGAGGCAAAAGUACGCUUUGCUGAUGCAAAUGGGAGAGGAAAAGAAAUCGUGCAGUAGAAAAAGCGGAGUUAGUGUAAAGAUUAGACGCGAGAUGAUGGAACAAUGGCUCGCAACGGAGACCCAAAAGCAUGCAGUAGGACAGUCGAAGCCAUCUGCGUCUGAAUUAAAGGGUACCUUGCCAGUUUCUGCCAUCGGUGCAGUGACUUCGAACAAUAUGGUUCCACUCAACCAGGGUAUGGUUUUGCUAGAUCCAACGAUUCCAAUUCCCGGAGGUGGUGUUACAGCUCUAGCGAAAUCUUACGAGUCGUUGGUAGUACCAACGAUGCACACAAGUACAUCAAUCAAAGCAUCGGCUAAUUCAACGAUUCCAGUGACAGUAAUGACGAGUGCAGGUGGAAUUUUAGUCAGUUCUGUUACUACAGCUCCAAUAAUGUCUUCGUUGAUAGUUUCGAUGGUGCCAACCGUGCAGUCAGUUCCUAGACCAACGGUGACAAGAAUUCAACAUCCGGUGCCGUUUUAUUCAAAUUCAGAAGCGAACGCAAUAGGCUCAAGUAUAACUGGUUUGAUUACUUCUAACCCAGCACCGACGGCGCACGGAAAUUGCCCUGUCUUACCACCGAUUAACCCAAUGCAGUAUUCAAUAGCUUCUUAUGGUCCUCCACAGUUGCCUCCAACCACUACCUCUGCAAGUAUGUUUCCGGGAAUUCAAAGCUACCCAAACGCCUUUCCCGGUUAUCCAGUAUUAUUUCCGUAUACUGGACCAUCUGUAGUACCGACAUCCAUGGUGGUCGAUGGGGCUGGGAUUAACCAUUUAGUUGGUCCGUUGGGACCAACGUCGGCUAAUGUUUUUCCGGGAAUUCAAACCAAUCCGGGACCAAUCGAAGGAAAUAGAGUUAACCCUUCAGUCGCAUUGUCAGGACCGACCAAUGCGCAACUGGCAGCUCGGCAAGUAAUGCCCCGAGACUUACCGAAGUUCGUCGGAGAUCCCGAACAAUGGCCUAUUUUUUAUAGUUCCUUCAAGAACACGACUGAAGUCUGUGGAUAUACGGAAGCAGAGAAUCUGGCCAGACUGCAGCGUAGCUUAGGAGGUUCCGUCUUGGAGGCAGUUAGAAGUCGCCUGUUGCUACCCGCGUCUGUGCCAUACGUAAUGGAAACUUUACAAAAGUUGUACGGAAGGCCAGAGAUAUUAAUCAGUUCUCUACUAACCAAAGUGAGAAGCGUUCCUCCACCAAAGGCGGAUAACUUAAGCACUAUUGUGGCUUACGGAUUAGUGAUUCAAAACCUCGUCGAUCAUAUUAUAUUAACUGAUCAACAGGCGCACUUGUCGAACCCGAUGCUGCUCCAGGAGCUGAUCGAUAAAUUACCUGCCUCGCUGAAAUUGCAGUGGGGAGCGUUCAAGCAGGCACACCUGCACGUUAACCUUGCGACGUUUAAUACCUUUAUGUCGGGCUUAGUAAAUUUGGCGUCGGAGCUGAGUGUCGGAGUAGAGUCUGCGCAAAAUUACAGCAAGCAGCAUAAGGCGGAAGAGUUUAAGCCAAAGGAGAAGUUGUUCACUCACGCGAACGAGCUGCCCACAUCAACGAAGGAAAACACAGUUGGGGAGAUCUCAUCUAAGCCUUGUUCGUUUUGCGAGAAAAAUAGUCAUCAGAUUCUGAACUGCGUCAGUUUCAAAUCGUUGGACAUUGGUGGUCGUUGGAAGGCAAUACGACUAAAGAAUUUAUGCCGGUUGUGUCUAAUACCGCAUAGAAAAUGGCCAUGCCGUUCGAAGAAGGAAUGUGGAGUAGAUGGAUGCCGAGUUUGUCAUAAUAUGUUGUUGCACAGUAGUCGGAAUGAAGCGGUAGAUGGCGCAAGAUCCGCUGAGACCGUUCACCAUAAUCAUCACCACACAUAAUCAUAUUCGUUGUUCC